AGAUAGACAGCGAACCGGCUGGUUUUACUCAUCAAUUCUGUACUGUAAUCUGCCGGUGGCCGUUUCCGUCGCCCAAAUUCAUAAACAGUGUCCAUUAAACCGCCGCAACCACCUCACAGCCCCGCCGGGUUUUGCUUAUAGACGGAGUGCUUCUUAGGCUUUUGCGGUUUAAGGCGAGAAAAAAUUAGAUACAAUGCUGAUUCGGCUUAGCAAGCCAUCGUUGGAGAGUGGUGGAGGCGGUGUGGUGAAGCCUUUGCUGGUUGAUACUGUGACGGUUGCGUGUCCUGAUCACCUUGUCCUUGCUGAUCUUCCUGUUGCAAAGGGCAUUGGUGCAGCCACUGCUGCUAGUGUUGUUAAGACUGCUGGUCGCAGGUCCCGACGCCAGCUCGGCGAACGUGUCCACUUUUGUGUUCGUUGUGAUUUUCCUAUUGCUAUCUAUGGGCGCCUGAGUCCUUGUGAGCAUGCCUUUUGUCUUGAUUGUGCUAGGAGCGAUUCAAUCUGCUAUCUAUGUGAUGAGCGUAUCCAGAAGAUUCAAACAAUCAAAUUGAUGGAAGGGAUCUUUAUUUGUGCAGCGCCUCACUGUCUUAAAUCAUUCUUGAAGAGGGUGGAUUUUGAAUCUCAUAUUCAGGAGAGCCAUGCUGACCUUCUUCAGUCAAAUUCUGAGAAGGAGUUUGGUAAUGACACAGAGGUUCAAAGCACCAAACAACAUUCAGUUUCAGAUUCCACUGCUCGAGCUCCCUCAAGGCCACUUAUUUCACCUAGUUCAAAUUCUCAGUUUGAUUCUGAAGACAAACCUCGUAGGCAGCAGGUUAGAGAACAACCACUUGCCAGACCAAUGAUGCAACCACGACCGCCCUUUUUUGGCCAAGGUCAAAAUUAUCCAUCAGAUCCCCAGCUUGACAGUAGUCGUCCCCCAGGAUUUGACCGGCCUGGUAUCCAGAAUCAUUUCCAACAUAACAUGCAGGGAGGGCCACAGCAGGAAUCCAACCAAGGAAUUUUGCCGGAUAUUCCAAUGCCUGAAUACCCACCUAUGCAUCCCAUUCAGCUGCCCAAUUUUGGUGUACCAAUGAAUCCAAAUCCAAUGAUGACUCCUCAAUACGGUCAUCCUCCUUUUCAAUCGGAGGGAGGUCAGCAAUUUUACGGAGGUCCCUACGACAUGGGGCAGAUGGCAAGGCCAGAUUCAGCAUCAGAAGCUGGUGCAGAACAAGGAUCUUUGUUGGGUUUUCCACCAGGUGUAAAUAUGAUGCCAAAUUAUCCCCAGCCAUGGAACAGUGGACCUGCACCAGGGGGCCAGGGGAUUCCCGAUGGUUAUUCGAACAUGUCAGAUUCUCGAGGAAAUGUUGGAUUUUAUCAAGGGGACUAUGGGCUAAAUCCAGGAGUUGCACCUAUAAUGCCUCAUCCCCCGCCAUCUGCUAACAAGGGAAUGGAAGGUAUGCAGGGUGGUAAUGCCAUGGAUGCUAGGGAAAACAAAGGUAUGUCGGUAGCACAGCCGUAUCAACAUUUGCCGCCGCCUCCACCUCCUUUGCCCCAUGCGUCGCAGCCUCAACGAGGUAAGUAUUAUAAUGAUGAUAUGGGUCGUGAUGGACAAGGUUAUGGAUGGCAACACGAGAACCGUGAUAGCUAUGGAACUGGCCAGGAGUAGAAAAACUGCUGCUCUUUGCUUUUAUACACUGUAAUUUUUAUAGUGGACUUGUUUAUUGAAAUGUGCCUCUUUUUGUUUUCUGUUCUGUGGUUGGAAUUUUUAUUUAAUUGGUCAAUUAGCUACUAGUUCUUUUCA